CGGUAUGCCGGGAAUGGUUAUGCCACCUUUCCUUCCCCACCCAUACAUGGAGGUUCCAGGUUAUGUUCUUCCUCAUUCCCAGCUGCACCCUGCAGAAUACAGACAAUACCAAUUCCCUCCUGCUGCCAUGGCCUACCAGAACAACAGCAGGAUGUCCAGAACAUUUUACCACAACGCCACACCCAUAGAGAUGGUCAACUCUGAAGUGCAGACUGAACCACCACCUGAAGUGGUGAAGGAUGGUUCCCCCUUGGCUAGGUCAGACUUUGGAAGAGGCACCAACUCUACCACCCCCUCAUCUCUAAGCUCCAAAGCAGAGAAACAGAGCUGCACAGAAGAACCUAAUUCCCCCAUUGCCUCCAAAACUGGAUUCCAGGGGAUGGUGAGGAGCCAGGGUACUGGCAAAGACCCACCUGCAGGAAAAAAGACCAUCCACUCACGUAGCAUCUCUAUAGAGUGGAUGACACAGAAUGGACUGAUGGCGCCAGAAGAUGUGGCACAAGAGUUGUCUGAAAAAGGGUCAGAUGAUCAUCCUAAUCAAAGCCAGAUGUCCUUUUAUAGUCAGGUACCGAAAAAGUUGAAUGAGUCCGUAUGGUCAGUGCAGUCUUUGGCCCCGUAUGUCCCCUCCAAAGAGUUGCUUAUGGAGAACGGCAUUGUGGUGACUGAGAAAGAAGCAGAUCCUCCCAACAUCAGUCAAGACCUCACAGACAGUCAGGUCAUAGUUAUAACAGAGAGGAGGAGAAGUCUAAGGUUUUCGCUGACUUUAGAAAAUGUGAAAGAGGCUGAGAAAAUGGCUGAUGUGAAUACUUCUUCAUGCCAAGAGUCCUUCCAUGAUAGCCAAAUACAGCAAAAGGCUAAUGCGUCUGUUUGGUCAGUGCAGUCUUUGGCGCCGUAUGUCCCCUCCACAGAGUGGCUGAUACAGAAUGGGCUUUUGGAUCACGAAGCGUCAACUGCGAAAGAAUCAGAUGCGAAUGUCAGUCGAGGCCACACAGCUAGUCAGCUGUUGGCUAUAACCGAGAGAACUCAAAGGUUGUCCCUGUCAUCGGUAGACACACUUCCCCCUUAUGUUCCCUUUUCUUGUUUGCUGGCCGACAUGGGAAAAAUGUACUACAGAAAGCAUCAAGUAGGCACUGUAGAGCAUAAGCAAGUUUUCAGCACACCAAUUGAUAAAUUCAUCCCAUCAAAGAGGCUGAACGCUGAAGCUCUUCCCAGUAUUAAAAGGCAGCUCAAACCUAGCCACAACCUACACAUGGAGCUUGUGGAAAAAGCCAAUGUGUAUGGUUCUCCUACAAGCCAAAGUGCAAUGAUCCCAAGUGUUGAAGGAUCAUUGAAUAGCACUCAAGGGCCAGUGAAACCCAAGGCUCAACGUAGCCCAAAUCAGAAGGCUCUGGAAGUUACAGAGCCCAGGGUCCUGAGUCCUCCCUGCUCUCCAGAUGACCCUGAAACAUAUUCCUCCAAAUGCCUAGCAGGAGACAAAGCGCCUGGCUGCAGUUGUACGGGUCGCUGCAACCAGGAAAUGGAGGCGGAGGUGAUGGAACCUGCCAAACAGACUGGGCCUAUUGUACCCAGUCGACAGGACUGCGAGCAGAUUGCGGAUGUUAGGAUGCCAACGGCUCCCUCAUCAAACGGACACUUUAAGACGUGUGGUCUGAUGUGUUCAAAGCUACAGGAGAGGAACUGCUACUGUGAGGCGCCGAAGCCAAACGGAGUGAGUUUCAGGAAGCGCCCCACAGGCAGACUGAAUAAGGGAAAUGUGGCCAAGAUGGCCGCCGAUCUCAUCAAGCCUCAGGCGCAGCAGCGUCUCAUUCCACAGAAUCAGAGAAGACAGAUGGAUUCCAGGAGAGCAAACAAGGCCAUGCCUGAUCAUGUAACUUGUGAUAAUGGAUACGGGCUGAACAACUCAAAGAAAUGGGGACGAUGGCAAAAUAGACCACAGGACAGAGCACAGACUAACCCAUCAAACAAGCCUUUUGGACAGCAGAACACCCAGAGGAAUGGUGACGAAGACCCCUGGACUGGGUAUUAUGUCAGAUCUGGUAAAACAAGAGAUUCCUUUACUCACUCCCUUUCCUCCUUUCCUAACUUCCUUUCCUCUCUACUGGCUGUGGUUAAUCACUACCACAUACAGAAGAAGAGAUCUCAGGCGCUGAUUGUAAACUACAAGAGGAACCAGGCUGUACACGCCCAUAUCCUCAUCAACGGGGCCACUGUGGAGAAGGUCAAUAACUUCAAAUUCCUUGGCGUACACAUCUCGGAGAAGCUGAAAUGGUCUAACGGUCAAGAAGAUCAUCAGGGACCCCAGCCACCCAAACCAUGCCCUGUUCUCCCUGCUUCAAUUACUUAG